AUGGCGAAUAUGAACAUAACCGGCAUCUUGGAGAAGAUGACAGGGAAAGAUAAAGACUACAGAUAUAUGGCCACCUCAGAUCUGCUUAGUGAGUUGAACAAAGAGAGUUUCAAAGCAGACCAAGACCUUGAAUCAAAGUUGACUAAUAUUGUUCUUCAACAACUGGAAGAUGCUUCAGGAGAUGUUUCUGGUUUAGCUGUGAAAUGCUUGGCUCCACUUGUUAAGAAGGUAAGCAAGGAUAGAGUAGUGGAGAUGACUGACAAGCUUUGUGAUAAAUUACUCAAUGGAAAGGAGCAGCAUCGUGAUAUUGCCAGUAUAGCUCUGAAGACAAUCAUUGUGGAAGUUACUACGGCAUCACUUUCUGAAAAGAUUUUAGUUUCUCUUUCCCCGCAGCUAAUCAGUGGUGUCACCAGUGGAAAGAGUGCUGAAAUUAAAUGUGAAUGUCUUGACAUAUUAGGUGACGUGCUUCAUAGAUUCGGCAACGUGAUCACAAAAGAUCAUGCGUUUAUGCUCACUGCACUUUUAACCCAGCUGAGCUCCACUCAAGCAAGUGUCAGAAAAAAGUCAGUUACGUGCAUAGCAUCGCCUGCUCCAUGUUUGUCGGAUGAUCUAUUAGCCAAGGCAACGUCGGAGGUUGUCCAAUUGCUGAAAAAUAAAAGGGCAAAAUCUGAAAUAACCCGAACAAAUAUCCAGAUGAUUGGUGCUCUCAGUCGGUCAGUUGGAUACCGGUUUGGACCACACCUUGCCGAAGCUGUUCCUUUGCUCAUUAGUUAUUGUACAAGUGCAUCAGAAAAUGAUGAAGAGCUCCGUGAAUACAGCUUGCAGGCCCUUGAGAGCUUUAUGCUCAGAUGUCCAAGAGAUAUUUCCCCAUAUUGUGAUGGUAUUUUGAAUCUUGCUUUGGAAUAUGUAAGCUAUGAUCCUAAUUACACCGAUAGCAUGGAGGAGGAUACUGAUGAUGAAGUACAGGAUGAGGAAGAUGAUGAUGAGAGUGCGAAUGAAUACACAGAUGACGAGGAUGCAAGCUGGAAGGUUCGCCGGGCAUCAGCGAAGUGCCUGUCUGCAAUUAUAGUAUCUCGUCCUCAAAUGUUGUCUAAGAUGUAUCAGGAGAUGGACAUCUUCAACACAUUUAUUGAGUUGUUACGCCAAACUGGCAAUGUGACAAAAGGACAAGGCGACAUUGAUGAGUCUAGCCCUAGAUGGUUGCUGAAGCAAGAAGUACCCAAAGUUGUCAAGUCUAUCAAUAGGCAGUUGCGUGAAAAAUCAAUCAAGACAAAGGUUGGAGCAUUCUCAGUAUUGAAGGAGCUUGUUGUUGUAUUACCAGAUUGCCUUGCUGAUCAUUUUGGGUCACUUGUUCCUGGGAUUGAGAAGGCUUUGAAUGACAAAUCUUCUACCUCCAACCUGAAGAUUGAAGCCCUUGCGUUUACUAGGAUUGUUAUGGCCUCACAUUCGCCCUCUGUGUUUCAUCCAUACAUCCAGGCACUUUCUGGUCCAAUAUUAUCUGCUAUGGGAGAUAGAUAUUACAAAGUCACAGCUGAGGCUUUACGGGAAGUUAAAGAGUGUGCCAUAUCUUGCAUGAGCCUUGUGAUCGCUACUUUUGGUGAUGGUCUUCAGAGUGAAUUACCGUCAUGCCUUCCCAUACUUGUUGAUAGGAUGGGCAAUGAAAUAACACGACUUACAGCUGUCAAGGCAUUUGCGGUGAUUGCAAAUUCACCUCUUCGGAUUGAUCUGUCAUGUGUCCUGGACCAUGUUGUUUCUGAGCUCACAGCUUUCCUUCGAAAGGCCAACAGAGCCCUCAGGCAGGCAACAUUGGGGACCCUAAAUUCUUUGGUUGUCACAUAUGGUGGUCAAAUUGGCUCGUCCUCUUAUGAAACGAUAAUAGCUGAACUUUCUACUCUCAUAAGUGACAUUGAUUUGCAUAUGGCUGCUCUUGCAUUGGAACUGUGUUGCACAAUAAUGGUUGACAGAAGAUCCAUUAAAAAUGUUGGUUUAGCUGUGAGACAUAAGGUUUUGCCCCAGGCCCUUGUUUUGAUCAGGAGUGCUCUGUUGCAAGGACAAGCACUACAGGCACUACAGAAGUUUUUUGCUUCACUGGUCCAGUCUGCAAAUACAAGCUUUGAAACUUUGUUGGACUCCCUUAUUUCAACUGCCAAGCCAUCGCAGUCAGGCAGUCUUUCCAAGCAGGCACUAUCCUCUAUUGCACAGUGUGUUGCUGUGCUAUGCUUAGCAGCUGGUGAUCAGAAAUGUGCAUCAACUGUUGAAAUGCUUAAAGGCAUUCUAAAUGAUGACAGUUCAACUAAUUCUGCUAAACAACACAUGGCCUUGUUAUGUUUGGGAGAAAUUGGAAGAAGGAAGGACCUCAGCAAUCAUGUUCAAAUUGAGAACAUUGUCAUUGAGUCAUUCCAGUCACCUUUUGAGGAGAUAAAGUCUGCAGCAUCGUAUGCUCUUGGAAACAUUGCUGUUGGCAAUCUAUCCAAGUAUUUGCCAUUUAUCUUGGAUCAGAUUGACAAUCAACAGAAGAAGCAGUAUCUUUUGCUUCAUUCACUGAAAGAGGUAAUUGCACGGCAGUCUGUUGAUCAUACUGGCCAGAGUGAGCUGCAGGACUCAAACAUUGUGAAGAUAUUGGCGUUGCUCUUUAAUCACUGCGAAAGUGAGGAGGAAGGAGUUCGGAAUGUGGUUGCUGAGUGUUUAGGGAAAAUUGCACUGAUUGAACCUAACAAAUUAAUCCCUGCUCUGAAGGAACGUACAUGUAGCCCAGCAGCAAACACAAGGGCUACAGUUGCCAUUGCUAUAAAAUAUUCAAUCGUUGAACGGCCUGGAAAGAUAGAUGCAAUCAUGUACUCUGAGAUUUCUACUUUCCUUAUGCUAAUUAAAGACAGUGACAGGCAUGUGAGACGUGCAGCCGUCCUGGCGUUGAGUACUGCUGCCCACAACAAGCCAAAUUUGAUCAAAGGUCUUCUUCCUGAAUUACUGCCUCUUUUGUAUGACCAGACUGUUGUGAAGCAAGAAUUGAUCAGGACAGUUGAUCUAGGGCCUUUCAAGCACGUCGUUGAUGAUGGGCUUGAACUUAGGAAAGCUGCCUUUGAAUGUGUGGACACAUUGCUGGAUAGUUGUCUUGAUCAAUUGAAUCCAUCGUCCUUCAUCGUUCCUUUCCUCUUAUCUGGCUUAGGUGAUCAUUAUGACGUAAAAAUGCCCUGCCAUCUAAUUCUCUCAAAGCUAGCAGACAAGUGUCCUUCUGCUGUUCUUGCAGUUUUGGACUCAUUAGUUGAACCUCUUGAGAAAACAAUCGUCCACAGACCCAAGGGUGAUGCAGUGAAGCAGGAGAUUGAUCGCAACGAAGACAUGAUCCGCAGUGCUCUUCGAGCAAUUGCUGCUCUAAGCCGCAUCAGUGGCAGCGACUACAGCAUGAAGUUCAAGAAUCUGAUGAACAAGAUAACGGCCACCCCUUCACUUGCCGACAAGUACAACUCGGUUUGCUGGGGAAAUCUGGUGGUGCACGGGUUUAGAGAGAUGCACAGGGGUGGGGUUAGCACAGCGGUGGGUGGCAGUGAGGGAAGGCUGGGGCGUCAAUUGAGUCCUGUCAAGGCCCAUUUUGAAGACAUAAUUUCCCAGGGUGUGGACAUCACUGAUGAUGUGAACAUAGCAAUUGACGUGGACAUCACUGAUGAUGUGAACUUCAAUCGAUCAAACGGAAGCAAGCGAAGGAGUCUGCUCUGUUGGCAGGGUCAACAAAUGCCCAAGAGUUCUCCAUCAGCAAGUGCAUUGUUGUUUUGCACAAGCGAGAAAGCAUCCAACGCGAUGAAAGAGCCGCUGCCUACAAAGUCUUCAAAAGUGCCGAGAACAGUGAGAUUUUUCUCAAUUCUGCCGCCGAAGAUGAAGAGAACGCUACCGUGUUUCUUCGGAGCAAAAUGGCUGAGUUGCCUCAACGUAUCUAAGGUAAGCUACGUAUGA